GCUAAUCAUGACAAUGGAGAAGUGAAGGCGGAGCGCAUGCAGCGGAUUUACCGGAUGUUCUCAUCGCCAUCAACACAAGGACCCUCAUUGGAAACUGUGACAGCUUUCUUGAUGAGGAAGGUGAAGUUAGGACUGCUCACGUAUAAUAAUGGUUUCUUUCGAGUAGUAAAGGAAUGCACUAGCAAGGGUAAUGAGCGUUGA